CAGUCGCUAUCAGAUCGCCUCGGUGCACAACUCGCUUAGUGUUUAUUGUUUAUGUUGAUGUUGCGACGAGGAUUGUUUUCAUCUCUCCCGAAGACAUGAAGUUCGUGUUGUGCUUAUGAAUGGAUUAAACUUGUGCUGUGAGUGACUUGUGUUCAUUAUCGUUUCUGUUUUCGGACUGUUUGGACAUAACCGCACCAUGGCUGCCUAUGCUCAAUUCGGCUACUCUUAUCCGACGGCCUCUCAGCUUCUAGUGUCCGGCCAGCCAACCACGAACUCCGGUUCGUCGCCGGUGUCGGGCGGAGGCUCGCUGAGCCCCGGAGGCUCCGCUGGAGGCCCUGGCGCCCUGUCUCCGGGGGGCACCUCGAGCACCGGCCCAACGCAGUGCUGCGAGUCGGGCCGGCCCCUCGUCACCGACCCCGUAACGGGUCAGAGUGUCUGUUCCUGCCAGUACGACUCCGCCAGGUUGGCAGCCCUGCAAUACCGGAAUGCCAGCGUUGGCGUGUACGGAACCCCCUACCCCUCGACCGACCAAAAUCCAUACCCCAGCAUAGGCGUCGAAAGUUCGGCCUUUUAUUCGCCCUUGAGCAAUCCCUACGCGCUGAAAGAUGCCAGCGGAGCGGCCGACAUGUCGGCGUGGACAAGCGCCGGCCUCCAACCCACCACUGGCUACUACCCCUACGACCCGGCGCUGGCGGCCUACGGAUACGGUGCCGGGUACGAUCUGGCGGCGAGACGUAAAAACGCGACCAGAGAAUCGACGGCGACCUUAAAGGCAUGGCUGAACGAACAUAAAAAGAAUCCCUACCCCACCAAAGGCGAAAAAAUCAUGCUGGCCAUCAUUACGAAGAUGACUUUGACGCAAGUAUCGACGUGGUUCGCCAACGCCAGGAGGAGGCUGAAAAAGGAGAACAAGAUGACGUGGGAACCGAAGAACAAAACGGACGAUGACGACGAUGCCCUUGUGUCUGAUAGCGACGACAAAGACAAGGACGAUGACGAGAAACGCGAUGAUACAGACAUCCACGGUCGGAUAAAGUCGGAACAGAACGGGAAAGACCUGGACGACGACGACAUGACGGACGACGAUAGAAAAGACGACAUCCUCGGUGGAAACAUGCACCACAUCUUGGGCAACGGGUUCGGCCUGAAGCCGGAGAUGAAGACGUCCGACUGCGGCGUGCCCUUGCCGCCGUCCAAGCCCAAGAUAUGGUCCUUGGCGGACACCGCGGCUUGCAAGACCCCACCACCACCGCCCUCCCAACAGCAACAGUGGCUGGGCAGCAACGGGUUCGCGCUGCCCAGCUCGAGAUACGGCGGGAGCGGUUUCCUUCCUAGUCAUUGCCAGCAGGGUUUUCCCGAGGUCCAGACGGACACACCGCCCCAGACGCCGCCCAGUAUGAAGCUGCCCAGUGUCGCUGGUAACUUGCUUCCCGGACAGGGGCCCUGCAUAGGGAGCUCGUCCGCGAACAGCGGUUACUCGCAGUCCGGCUUCUUGGGCGGCUUCGGCAGGCUUCAGUCGCCGCAGAGACCGCCCCCGCCACAGUCCGGCCAGAUGCCAGCACCAUCGACAGACAACGCUGCCUUCAAACCCUUCUACAAAAGCUCCCAAGGCAUGAACGGAGGGUUCGUGUCGCCGGUUUGAGCCGCUCCCUGUUGGGCCUCGUCGACUCAUCUGCUAGAUAUGCACAACUGGAUGGUCGAUGGAGGGAGCAAUAAUUAAUGGGCAAAGUGCAAA